AUGCCUCGGAGUCCUACGUCCAGUGAGGAGGAAAUGGCCCAGAGUGUCUCUGACGGGUCUGGAGGUUUUGAGACAGACAGCUCCAAGGAGGAGGCUGGCCAUGGAGGACUUGGAGGGGAAAGGGCCAGCAGAAGGACCGACAGGAGGGCAGAGAAGGAUAAGGCCGCCCGCAGGGAGUCACUGGUCUUCUGUGUGGUCAUCCCUGACCUGCAGCAGUCUACAUGUAUGAGGUUUAAACCCGAGGCCACCGUAUGGGUUGCUAAACAGCAGAUCCUGUGUACACUGACCCAGACGUUGAGGGACGUGCUGAACUAUGGCCUGUUUCAGCCCGCUGUGGAGGGCCGCAUGUCUGGUUUCCUGGACGAAGAGCGCCCCCUCAAAGACUACCCUACUCCCACCAGCAUCAAGGGGGUUCCAACUCUGGAGUUCCGUUACAAGAGCAGGGUCUACCAGCAGCCCAAUGUAAACGAAAAGCAGAUUGCCAAAAUCCACACGCAGGCCAACUAUAGGAAAUUCAUGGACCACAUUCAGCAUCACCAGCUGGAUAAAGUGGCAAAGAUGCUGGAGAAAGGCCUCGACCCCAACUAUCAUGACCCUGAUACUGGUGAAACUCCACUGACCUUCGCAGCCCACCUUUACGACGUGGAGCAGGUCAUCGUUGUAUUGAAACAAGGUGGUGCACAUCUGGACUUCAGGUCACAGGACGGGAUGACGGCUCUCCACCAUGCGGCCAGGGCCAAGAAUCAGGCCGCGCUGAAGGCUCUACUGGACCUGGGCGCAUCACCAGACUACAAGGACAGCCAGAGUCUGACCCCCCUCUACCAUACAGUCCUGGUGGAGGGAGACCCAAGCUGCUGUGAGCUGCUACUGAGGGCCCACGCCACCAUCUCUUGCCAUGACGAAAACGGCUGGCACGAGAUACACCAGGCAUGUAGAUAUGGACAUGUCCAGCACCUGGAGCACCUGUUGUUCUACAGAGCAGAUAUAGGUGUCCAGAACGCUUCGGGAAACACGGCUCUACACAUCUGUGCUCUAUACAAGCAGGAACACUGUGCCAGAGUACUGCUUGUUCGUGGUGCCAACAAGGAAGUGAAGAACUACAGAAGCCAGACAUCAUUCCAGGUGGCCAUCAUCGCGGGGAACUUUGAAUUGGCAGAAUUAAUCAAGAAUCACAAAGAGACCGAUAUUGUGCCUUUCCGAGAGGCGCCGGCCCAACCUUCCCGGCGCAAGCAAGCCCCACGGAGCACCCUCGCUGCACCACGGCCGACGCUCUUGCGCUCCAACAGCGACAACAACCUGAACGUGAACAACCGGUCACCCCUGCCGUCCCCGAGCCACUCUCCCCUGCGUAGCCUCUCCCCCCGUCGGCCCCAGCAGCAGCAGAUGCCCAGCCCCAAUGGAACAGUCAGGACCAUGGGGAAGGGGGCUCCCCGCCCUCCCCGCUCACCUUCCCUUGGGCGCCUGGGGGAGGAAGCACGGAGACAGACCCCUCAGCGACAGCCCAGCCCACACAGGGGUCGAGAAGCUUUCUCUGAUGCCAUAGACAGCCAGGGGCCCAAGCGUAAGCUGUACAGUGCUGUGCCAGGGAAGCACUAUGUGGUGACCCAGUCCUACCAACCACAGGCCGAAGGAGAGAUCCCCCUGUACAAGAACGACAAGGUCAAAGUGCUCUCCAUAGGGGAAAGUGGUUUCUGGGAGGGCAGUGCCCGUGGUAACUUGGGGUGGUUCCCAGCAGAGUGUGUGGAGGAGAAUAUCCCUAAUCAAGUCCAGGAGGAGAAACCAUAUGCCAGGGCAGACAGAGCUGAGAGGAGGAAGCUCUUCAGGCACUACACUGUGGGAUCCUACGACAGCUUUGAUGCGUCAAGCGACUGUGUUAUUGACGAGAAGACGGUAGUUCUACAGAAGAAGGAUAACGAGGGAUUCGGGUUUGUGCUGCGAGGGGCGAAAGCGGACACGCCUAUCGAGGAGUUUACUCCCACCCCUGCCUUCCCCGCCUUGCAGUACCUGGAGUCUGUGGACGAGGGCGGAGUUGCGUGGCGGUCAGGGCUUCGCAACGGAGACUUCCUCAUCGAGGUGAACCAGGAAAAUGUGGUGAAGGUGGGCCACAAACAGGUGGUCAAUACGAUCCGACACGGGGGAAACCGGCUCAUCAUCAAAGUGGUGACGGUUAGCAGGAAUCUGGACCCUGAUGACACGGCCAGGAAGAAAGUGCCCACACCUCCGCGUAGGGCUCCCUCCACUGCCCUGUCCAUGGCCAUGCGCUCCAAAUCCAUGACAUCAGAGCUGGAGGAGCUAGAUAAAGUGGACGAGAACAUGCCUCCUCAGAAGCCUAUGUGGGAGAACUCCAACGCUGACGUAAGGGUCGCUAACACAGUCAAGUCACGGCCCAACAGCAGGUGCUUCGCCAUGAGCCCCGAGAUGAAUUCCAUGUGUGAGAGCCAGGAUAUGCCGAUGCAGACCCAGACCCAGCCCCAACCCAGAGAGCCAGGCAGUCCCAGAGGUCGAGGACCCUACCUGGGGGUGCCAAACAGACAGGGGACCAUGAGACGACAGAAGUCCAUAGGAACAUCUGAGGAGACCCCUCAGUUUCUGACCCCUCCUAUGUUGAAAUUCACCAGGAGCCUCUCCAUGCCGGACACAUCAGAGGACAUCCCACCCCCGCCCGCCAUCUCCCCUCCAUCUCCCCCUUACAACAACGUCCCCAACCCCCAGGGCAGAGGCUACGGCACCAUCAGACACUCUGCUCCUAAAGGCACCGCCCCAGAGCGAGGGGACCUCACCGCGGGCGGCAGCGAUGGGUGGAGGGAGCAGGGGGGUAUGUACUACAGAGAGCCCCAGUCGGAACAGUACCAGUCUGAGGACCACCACCACCAACAGGGAAGCCACAGCCCAGGCCAAGGCCUCACAGCCCAGCAGAGCUUCCUGAACCGCAGGGCCCAGAUCCCUGAGAACCCCUACUCAGACCUGGGGAAGAUGGGCAACCUGGGGCUGUUUGCCCCCAACAAGCCCCAGAGGAGGAAGGGCAUGCUGGUGAAGCAGGACAAGAUUGAGGACAGCCUUGAGAAGAUCUGCACCAUCAAAAUCCCAACCAUCAUCAUCAAGGAGCCGUCUACAUCCAGCAGUGGUAAGAGCAGCCAGGGCAGCAGCAUGGAGAUAGAAACUGGCGCCCACGACCACCCGGGACAGCUCCGGCCCGACGACGGACACAACCCCAGCAGCCCCUUUGCCACAGCCAUGGCGGGCGCCGUGCGAGAGCGCGAGAGGAGGAUGGUGGAGUCUCACCAGAACUCCCCAUCCUACAGGUUCACCGACCAGGGUGACGAAGACUCGCCUCCCGCCCCAACCCCUCGCCUCCGCCACUCCAAGUCCAUCGACGAGGGGAUGUUCAGUAGUGAUGAACGCCUGCGCCGCAUCAUGGCCCCGCCUGCCUCUCUCCUCAACAUCCACAGAGGAGGAGGCAAUGUGACGAACUUCAAUACCUCAGAGCCCAACAUGGUGAGGGAGCCACUCCACACCCGCACGGGUCACCACAGCCCGGUCAGUCUGCCAAACAAGACCUACACCUCCAGCAGCGGACACUAUGUCCACCCAGUAACUGGGAAGCCUCUGGACCCUAACUCCCCUCUUGCACUCGCUCUAGCUGCACGGGACCGGGCCAUGAGAGAGCAGUCCCAGCCUCUCCCACUGAAGACUGAGCUACCCAAACCUGACCUGAACAAGCCUCUGUUCAUCGACACUAAGCUAAGGACUGGCAUGGAUGGGAGUUUCUCCGCGACGGCCACCAUGGGUCGACCAGGCAGGGCAGGGCUUCGCAGGCAGAUGACCGAGGCCAAGUACGAGACAGAGUCCAAAUACGACCACCCGCUGGCUAAGGACCAGGACAAGAGUCUAUCCCGGCCUGAGAGAGAAGAGGAGAAGAAGAACAUGUUGAUAGACAUCGUGGACACGUCUCAGCAGAAGUCUGCUGGUCUGCUGAUGGUUCACACCACUGACGGAGCCCGGUCUGAGGAGAACAGUCUGUCUGAGGGGGACAGGGACGGGGCAGUGAGUUCAGACAGCACCCCCAGCGAGCUCCGGGAUCCAAACCAACCUAACACCUCCAAAAUGUCCUCCCCUAACCCCCAUAACUCCCACUCUAUGGGCCCUGGACCCAGAGGUAGUAAGACCAUGAUCACCGUCACCUCAGUAGAUGAGCCGGUCAAACUCCCCUUCGGCAUCCCCCCUCCGCCCUGCGUUCCCUCUGUUGACAUCGACGAUGACUUCUUCGCUGACCCACUGCCGCCGCCGCUGGAGUUCGCCAACAGCUUCGACAUCCCAGAGGACCAGAAGGGGGCGAUCGCUGAACUGCUCAAACAGCAUCGAAACGCUGGCAGAGCCCCAUCAUCUCUAGCUCCCUUCUACCCCCAUCAUGGUAACACCCCAAGCCACCCUGACCAGACGAUGAUCAAACGGCCUGCAGUGCUCACUAACUGUAUGCCCCCCAGCUUCCCCCCCAACGCCCUGGAGAGCUACGAGCCUAUCAGUGACUCUGGGAUCGAUGUGGAGCCAGACAGCCGCAGUAGUGGAGACCCUCAGAUGGAGACUACGAGCACUGUAUCCACUGUGUCCAGUAUCUCUACGCUGUCGUCAGACGGUGGCGAGGCGCUGGACAACACAUGCACAGUCUAUGCAGACGGACAGGCCUUUCUGGUGGACCGGACCUCAAAGCCAAAAAACAGGCAACCUGCCGCCAACAAGAGUAAUGCACUUUACAAAGACCCCGCCUUGAUGGAUAGAGAAGAGAACCUAAGAACUUUCGGGACGCCCUCCUCUGUCCCGCCACCUCCCCCCGGGGCCAGCAUCCUCUCAGAGCCCCCCAGAACACCAACGCAAAGGACCUCAAAGCUGUGGGGAGACCCGCCAGGCUCUAACCCCUAUGACAUGCAGAACAAGGACAAGACACCAAAGCCAGGGGACGGGAUAGACUCUUCUUCCUCAGGAUGUAGGACCGUUUUUGGAUCACGGGCUCCAGACGGUGGGUCCCUUGCCUCAGGUACACAGCGGAAUACCACAGUCACUUUUGCUGCCCAGCUCGGCCCGAGCGUGCCGGCCCCAUCUCUAAAACGAGAGACAGAGAGUCUCCCCCACCACCGAGCCCCCAGCCCCAUCCUCUCUCCUCCAGACUCAGGCCUCGGCUGUGCCUCCUCCCUCCCCGCAACCUCCCCCACCCUCUCGGAUGUGUUCGGCUUGCCCACCCCCCCUCUCAGCCUGGGCACGGGGAGCAGCCGCUCACCGUCCCCUCUCACCCUCAUGCAGGCCGCCUCCAACAAGCCUUUUGCCACCAAGCCGGUUCUGAUGUGGAGCAAGCACGAUGUGGCCGACUGGUUGGAGAGCCUAAACCUGGCAGAGCACAGAGACACCUUCAUGGACAACGACAUCGAGGGCUCCCAUCUGCCCAGCCUGCAGAAGGACGACCUCAUAGAUCUCGGGGUGACCAGAGUCGGACAUCGGAUGAACAUAGAGAGAGCUUUGAAACUGCUGAUGGACAGAUGA